ACACCGAGGCGCGAGGCUGCCCUCUCCUCGUCGUUAAUUGUGUUUCCUACCGACUGACAACUUGUUUGUCUGUUAGCGCAUUGGCUGCCCAUGGGCGCUGCUGUUUACACACUCUGCUGCUCCGCCGCCUGGGCUGUCCGGUGCGCCUCUGCGGUCGGUUCGGGACGGUAUCGGGCUCCGCUUUUAUGAAUGAAUAACGAGACGGGGAAAUGCGAGUGACUGCUGCGAAACUCCCCAGCAGCCGGGCUCCCGGGGGGCCAGCCACUGAUGAGAGGGAUUAACGACGGAGCGGAGCCGCGGCUCAUUGCGGAAAAAGCCGAGUCUGACUGCAGACUGGCGAGGAAACGCACCGUGAGGGAAACGGGCUCCAUAGCGUAGAGCAGCGGAACAAAACCGCGGUUACCACAAUGUCCAUCCACAUCGUGGCUCUGGGCAGCGAGUGCCCCGGAGGAGUCGGGCCCGGGGAGGAGAUCAUGGGCCAGGGACAGCUGCAGGGAGGCCUGCUGUGGAGUUACCUGGGUCACGGAGCGCUGGUGGGACCCUGCGACUUGGAGAGCAGCCUGCACAACCCGGCCUUCAUGGAGUACACCUCACGUGUGUUUGGAGAUGUCACUGUAGUGGUUCGGGAUUGUCCCAGCUGGGACUUGUUGGACAGCGACUGGGCCAGUGUACGGAAAGUUCUUGAGCAGGCCGACAUCCUGGUUAUUAAAUAUUCAGUCACCGACAAGCUGGCCUUCCAGCAGGUCAGAAAUGGCUACGCCCCGAGACUUCGCCCACUCCUGAGGCAUUGGGGUGUACCUGUCAUCCUAGUUGCUGUUGGAGCACGUCUGAACGAUGAAGGCCCUCCCUGUACGUGCCCGUUGUGUGCUUCUGACUGGAGCAGCUGUGUGCCUCACAGUGAAGGUCUGCAGCUGUCCCGGGACCUGGGGGCCACCUAUCUGGAGUUGCCUUCUCUCAACCACGUCUUUGUGGGCCGCUACUUUGGCAGCGUGCUGGAGUACUUCAUGAUACAGUGUCUGAAACACAAAGCCAAAGAGAGGCCAGAGAAGAGGCGAGGAAAUAAAGUGAAUGAGCUCCGUCCCCCUCACUUAGAGCAACCAGCUCGUCUUCCCCCCAUCCGUGUGGAGGAGUCCAGCUUCUCCCAGGACAUGCAGUGGUUGUUGGAGCGUGGCGUGCAGUUUGCCGAUGUGGCUUUCUACGCCGGGGACUCUGGGAAAGAAUUGGGGUGGGCGCAUGCGGCUGUGCUGUGUGCUGUCAGCCCGUACUUCAGACAGCUGCUCCUGGGGCCCAAGACCAGGGAACGUCCACAGUCACGGUGUGUUUGCAGAGAGCGAGAUGGAGGCCCCCAUUCUCUGCUCUCCACCUGGGAUGGGGGGAUUAUAGAUGACAUGCCUCGAUCAGACGGGCACCUGUCAGGACGACUCUCCCGGCUGGUGGUGAAGGACCCCCUUCUGUGUAUGUGCUUGUGGGAGACUCUGAUGUUUAUUUACAGAGGAGCGUGGGAGUGGGAGCACCUCCAGGAGGCCCUGGAAGAGAAGCUGAAGAACUCGCUGGCUGUUGCUCAGCUUAUGGAGCGCAUACGAUCUCUCAUCGGGAGAGACAGGGGCCUCAGGGAUACCCCAAGUGCACGGGCAGCUCAGCUUGGACCCCAGACUCUUGUCAACCUCUUCAACUCUCCUCUUUACUCAGAUGUCAUCUUCAUGGUGCAAGGGAGCGUAUUGCCAGCUCACCGGGCGGUGCUGGUGGCACGCUGUGACGUCAUGGCAGCAAUGUUCAGUGGAAAGUAUGCAGAGGCCCGGAGCCGAGUGGUGCCCAUCCACGGAGUCUCCUCAGAUACCUUCCUCUCUUUCCUCGAGUAUCUCUACACUGACUCCUGCUGUCCUGCCAGUGUGCUGCAGGCAAUGGCUGUGCUGGUCUGUGCCGAGAUGUACCAGGUGAAGCGUCUGCAGCACCUGUGUGAAGUCUGUGUGUGCGCUUACCUUCAGAGCAUGCCCAGUAGAGAGCUGGCAUCAACAGGUAUAAGCGUGGUCCGGCUACUCCGCAGAGCAAAGUGCCACAAUGCAGAGCAGCUGUACGUCUGGCUCCUCCACUUCAUCGCCAACAACUACCUAAUCUUCAGUCACAAACCAGACUUCCUGGAGCUCUCAGAGGAGGAGCGCGAGCAAGUGGAGAGGCUACGCUGGCCGUCCAGAGGCUACCUGCAGGAGCUCAGUGAGUACCAGCAGCGGCGACGCAAGCUACGCAAGUCCCGCUGCAUAGUCAUGUGACCUCACCUGGAUGCCAAAAGCCUGUGGAAAACAGGGGCCGGGAUGGGGGUGGGGGGGGGGGGGGGGGGUGGGGGGGGGCAGAGGAGGGAAUCAUCAACAUGUGUGGGAACAGAAGAAACUUUUCUGUUAUCGCUGCUGGAUGAAGGACUGACUCUGAGGGAGGACAACAGUAUAAGACUCCUACACUGCUAGGACAGCAUUGUACGGUACGUAUGUCGAGCAGUGACAUACACCACUGCGACAAGCCUCUCUUCCCCUGAAGGGAUGUGUGCGCCCUUUGCGUAAAGGCUAUUUCAUCAUGGGCAAUACAAGAUGACUGAUCCUUUAAACCCAACAGGAAUUUAAAGUGACUGUCUGGCCACUGGCCAGAGGCUCUGUGAAAGAUUAUAUUUCUAUUGGCUGAUGAAAAAUGGUGGAUUUUGAAAAUUAAAAAUUGACACACAAUGGCUCCAUUACAAGUACACGUACAUCAAAUGACCACACAUCUGUUAAGACAAGAGACCAGGAUCAUGUGCAGACUGUUUCAAACUACAGUAACUACAGUAACUACAGUAACGGGUAACAUGACUUCAGGUUGAAUAAGCGGGAUGGAAACUGUGCUGAGGUGAUUUCCUCUCUACUCGACACUCGGGGGAUGUCUGCGUCUCCUGUGUACACCGGACACAGGACUGCUCCAUCUUAGAUUAAACCCACGUCGACCCAUGAUGCACCUGUGUCCUGGUGGAUCUAAAAAUUGCGAACAUGUGUACAUGCAGCAAUUCUAAAGCUGAGAUAACUCUUUAGCUUCCAACUUCUCAGUGGCUCAGUGAGUAUUUCAUCUGAUCUGUGACCUACAUUAACAACGAGAGCAGGGUGGAAAGCAACCGGUAAUGCUGCCGGUAGCACAGUCGUACUCAUAUUCAUCUGUAAUGUAACAGACCCUCAGCUUCGCAUACGAGCAGGACCAAUUUAAUUACAGUUCUUUUAUCAGAUUCUUUCCGACCUAUAAGGCGGCAUCAGUGAGUGUCUCAGAGCCAGACUUAUUUUAUUACCAUGUGAGAUGGGAAACAUUUUGGCUGUACGCUGUGUUAAACAUUUCACUUAUGUUGAGAAAUGACUUGAAAAUCAAAUUCUGAAAUCAAACUACAUGUAGCCUGUAACAAAAUCAAGUGCUCCGCACACCAAGUCCACAACAACAAUCAAUGUAUUUUUAAACUUCAUUUCAAGCCUGUGAGCUGACUUUUACAUCACUUCCUUUGCAGGUUAAUAUAAAGUAAUGUCCUUAUCGAUCUGCAAUAACAAAUAAUAAGGGUCUGUCUCUGUUACACAGAAAGGCAAAAGCCUUUUGUAGCAUUUACGUGUACAGAAGGGGUGAAAGAAUUUAAGUAAAACAACCAUAUCAUGAACAAACGUUGGUACACUAAAAACCAUAAUGCCUCUGGGUGGAUACACGAUGUUUAUUUUAUCUGUUUUCUGAGAGGUUGUUUUUAAUCAUAAUGAGAUUAUGAUUUAUUGGUGCUGCAAUUAUUUUUGUAAACUAUACUGUAUGUGGACAUUUCUGAUUUUUUUUUUGUUUGUUUUUAUGUUCGGAGCAGAGACAACUGGGUCAUACUAUUUUACAGUCCAAUGUUUCACUGGUAUUAAAAGGAUUAAGAAAUUUGUGAUAAAAAAAAAAAAAAACAGUGGUAGAGAAGAACAGAACAACUUGUCAAACCUCCAGCAAAAUGAAAGCAAAUAAGAUCA